AUGUCACUGGUUACAGUGCAACGUUCGCCAACACCCAGCGAAAAUGGAAAUUUCGAUCAAACGGAUAUCGAUGCAUCGGAAUGUGGUUCGCCUACAAUGAGGCAACCGAUCCCGAUUUCCGAAUGUUAUUUUUACGUAAAAGGAACUGCAGUAAUUCUACUGCAGCCCGAUCGAACGAACGUAACUCAUCAGAAUGCUGGUGGUAAGUGA